AUGUCUCACAUCUCAGUAUCUUCGCUACUUAACCUUCCUGUUUUUCAGGCUUCACACCAAGAGAAAGCCACUAGCCCAAUCACUUCACAGAGUUGUCUUGUGGCUUCUGGGAAACAAAGAAAAUUCAAUGCAACCGCUAAAAAGAGGCUUGAGCGCUGGUUCUGCUCAAACAUUCAAUAUCCAUACCCCAACAAGAUUCAGAUUCUCUCCCUUUCAAAAAACACAAAUCUGUCUAUCAAACAAAUACAAAACUGGAUGUCAAACCGUAGAAGAAAAUCUAGAAAAGAAUCAAUUGACUCCUUGCUUGAGCCCAUACUGAAUUCAUAG